UGAGGAAUGGCUGUUGACUGAGGAUUUGACCUCCAAGCCACAAGAAGGCAUCAAUGAAAUCCGAUUUAUAAAUGGAAUGGAUAUAGCAGUGAACGUCUCAACUCCUGCAGCUGACUUUGGACUAAUUGAGCCAUUUUAUUAUUCCAACUACUCCAAGAUAAAGAGUGGAAAGCCAGUCUUCACCUUAUGGAGUGGGUCACAGUCAUGUGAAUUCAGCAGGGAGUUUGGAUUUGGAAGUUCAUAUACCUUCUUUAUCCCCAGCACUCUUGACUUUGGACCAAAUUGUCAGGACUCUAUUACUGCAGCAGAAGACAUCAAACCCAACUCAGUUCACAUGGCUCUGCAGAUCCCACAGUACUUCUUCAUAACUACUGGUGAAGUGAUGUUUUCUGUUACUGGUCUGGAGUUCUCCUACUCACAGGCGCCUAGUAAUAUGAAAGCAGUGCUGCAAGCAGGCUGGUUGUUCACUGUUGCUAUUGGCAACUUCAUCGUACUGAUCGUGGCUGAGCUUGCAAAGAUUCCCAAGCAGUGGGCAGAGUACGUCCUGUUUGCCUCCCUCUUGGUUGCAGUUUGCGUCAUCUUCUCCAUCAUGGCGUAUUUCUACACCUACAUCGAUCCUACAGAAAUCGAGGCCGAGUUCAAGAACAAGGAUAAUAAGGAGGAUGAGGAUGAGGAUGAUAAACGCAAGCUACAGAAGGCAGAGAUUGAGAUGGUCAAGAAAGGCUCAGUUAGCAGUGACUCGAGUAAAAGUCACAAAGAUGACGAUGAUCCACGCAAUCAGACCAAAAUGUGAACACCCGAAAAAGCAGAUUAGAUAUCCUUAAUGCGUGUGUGUGUGUGUGUGUGUGUGCGCGCGAUCGUGUGUAUGUUUUUAACAUUUUAUAUUUUAAUGCCCAAAUGACUGCUGUGAGCAAGCAAGUUUUGUCAUUAUAUUCAGUACAACAGAUUCACGUUAGCUGUAGAGUUACAACAACAGAUGAACUAUUAACAUGUUGGAUGUAAUUGCUUUCAUAUUUAUGUGUAAGUUGUGUUUAAGUAGGAAUAAAAUAAGUCCUGUUUGUGUUCUUCCA